AUAUUUCAAAACAAAGGUGAGUUAUUAAAUUAAUACUGUAGGCUACAUACUUUUGGUUCUUGGAUUAUUCUCUGAAGAAAACAAUCCAUGAGGUCAUGGAAGCACUUCAAGAACAAGAACUACAUGAAAAUUCUAAGUGUGAAAUGAGGAACACUGUGAUUGUGACUGGAUUCGGGCCUUUUGGGAAUCAUACUGUAAAUGCCAGCUGGGAGGCUGUCAAACUCCUGCACACCACUGGUGUUGAUAAAGAACUUGGCAUUUGUCUAACCGAAGAGAUCCCAGUAGCUUACAAUGAUGUGGGAAAGAAAGUUCCCACGUUGUGGGAUUCUCAUAAGCCGCUGCUCGUAAUCCAUGUUGGAGUGUCAAAUCUUGCAGAGAAGAUCACACUGGAAACAGCCGCUCAAAAGUCUGGUUACGAGAGAUGUGAUAUUUACGGCCAAACCCCAUCUUGCAAGGAAUGCUGCUUUGGUUCAGCCCCAGUGUUACAAUCUGAACUUGAUUUGUUGGAUGUAAAUGACAGAAUAAAUGCAUCAGCAGAAGUACAAGCAGAAAUAUCCAAGGAUGCUGGAAGGUAUUUAUGCGAGUACACAUAUUACACAUCCCUAAGUAUUGACAGUUCAAGAUCCCUUUUCAUCCAUGUUCCACCUCUAGAUGCACCUUACUCUGCCGAACAGCUUGCUAGAGGUUUGGCCGAUAUUAUCAGGUGUUUGGUGGAUCAGCUGCGUAGUAAGGCUAAACAUGUGUUGUCAGCAUAGAGCAAACAGUGGGCAUAAUAACAAUUGUUUCAGAGGGUGUCAUAAAAAUGUAGAGAGAAAGUACAAAAUGAAAUGUGCUGAACCUGAUUAUUAAAUGUACAAACCGGAUUACAAUGUGCAAUACAUCCAGAUACAAUCAAUUUAGGUUUUCACGUGCCAGAAAGAUUCCUGAUCCUCGCAUGUCGGAAUUCUGAAUUCUGAUUCUCACAUAAGGAUUGUAAAUUCUGAUUCUUUGACACCAGAAUCAGUCUUAGUUAUUAUUUAGGCCUAUAGGUCGUUUAAAUUAUGUUUCUAAGAUUAUUUAUUUCAAUGCGCCUACCAAACAUUGAGUACCGUAUCUAAGAAACUAAAUAAGUCAGGGUUAUUAUACAGUAUAAGUGCCUAGUUUAAAACUAUAACCAAAGAGAAGAAUACAGGUAUGUCUACUAAUUAUAUAAUAUCUUAGUCAAUGUUUGACCAGCUAGUCUUCAAUGAUAAGAUAAGAAAAUAGUAUUUUCCUAAGUAAUCUGUGACCAGGAGUUUUGUUGAAGGCAUCUAUUAUAUGUGUAGACAUUAUGCCUUGUAAUUUUCUGCAAUCAACCAGAAGGCACAAAUAAUAUUUUAAUAAUAUUAAAAUUUUUAUAAAAAUAAACCAAACCUGUAGAAGAUUACUUGCAGGCACUAUUAAUAGGAUAAGUUAAGACCUUUGAAAUAAAUGACCAAAUAAAAUGUUGAUAUAUUGCACAAUACAUUCGUAUUAGACAGAAUUUAUUUAUUAUAUCAUUUAUUUUAUAUUAGUAUCAAGUACGGUGAUUGUUUUAUGAAUUGUAGUUUGUAGUACAUAGUUAGUAAUAAUAAUAAUAAUUCUUUUAUUGCAGUGGACAAAGUACAUUGCAUUACAAACGUCAAUAAAUAAUGUUUGUGAAAAAAUCCAUGUUAGAUCUUACAUUUUGUCACAAUUCACAAUAAGUGUCAAAAUUUUAUAUUAUGGUCAAAAAUAUUUAUACGUAUUUAUUU